GGGAGGUGUGGCCGGCGACGCGCGUCGCUCCCGGGGCCGCCUGGUGCGGAGCUUGGGGCGCCGCGAUGAGCUGAGCCGCCCUGCGCUGGAGCCGGGACUCCGCGGGGCCGAGCUCGCUCUCCGGAGCCCCAGCCCCGCCGGGGAGACCCGGCCCCGGGGGACAGGAGCUUGCCAGGCCCGGCGCCGGCCAUGCAGCCCCUGGGCAAGAUCCGCAGCUUCGCGCUGGAGCUGGCCGGCGGCCCGGCGCAGGGGGUGUACCGCGGCGGGGAGCUGCUCUCCGGCCAGGUGGUGCUGGAGCUCAGCAAGGUCCUGAAGGUGCGAGCGCUGGAGGUCUGCGCCCGGGGUUUGGCCACGGCGCACUGGCUGGAGAGCAGGAGCGUGGGCAUGAACACGGUCUACAGCGACUACACCGCCUACGAGCCCUACCUCAGGGCGCGCUGCCAGCUCAUCCGCGACAAUGGUGAAGUCACAGUUCUGCAGGCAGGAAAACACGAAUUCCCCUUCACGUUUCAGCUCCCAGAGACUCUGGCCACCUCCUUUGAAGGCCGGCAUGGUAAUGUGCGCUACUGGGUGAAAGCCAGGCUCCACAGACCCUGGUCAGUUGUCAAGAAAGCGAAGAAAGAAUUCACAGUGAUCGAGCCCAUUGACAUCAACACCCCGGCCUUGCUGGCUCCUCAGGCAGGUGUGAAGGAGAAGCUUGCCCGCGCCUGGUACUGCAACCGUGGCCAGGUCUCUGUAUCCGCCAAGAUCGACCGAAAAGGCUACACGCCAGGUGAGGUCAUCCCCAUCUUUGCUGAAAUUGACAACUGCAGCACCCGCACAGUCGUGCCCAAAGCUGCCAUCAUCCAGACUCAGACGUUCAUUGCCCGGGGAGCCAAGAAGCAGAAGAAGUCUGUGGUGGCCAGCAUAGCAGGCGACUCCAUUGCAGCUGGGAAGAGGGAAGUGUGGCAUGGCCGAGCGCUGAAGAUCCCCCCUGUGGGCCCCUCAAUCCUGCAGUGCCGCAUUAUCCGUGUGGAAUACGCCCUAAAGGUUUGUGUCGAUAUUCCUGGGACCUCCAAGCUGCUCCUGGAAUUACCACUUGUGAUUGGGACGAUCCCACUGCAUCCGUUCGGGAGCCGCACAUCCAGCAUCAGCAGCCAGUACAGCGUCAACCUGGACUGGCUCAGAAUGGUGAUACCGGAGGAGCCUGAAGCUCCCCCUGAAUAUUCGUCUGUUGUGUCCAGUGAAGAGUCUGCUCAGAACCUGUCCCCACCCUGCCCGGGUGAACUCGGCAAUGGCUUGGAAGGUCCUUUCUUUGCUUACAUCCAAGAGUUCCGCUACCGUCCUCCUCCACUGUACUCAGAGGUGGAUCCAAACCCCACACCAGACAGCAUCCGGCCACGCUGCAUGACCUGUUGAAGGAAGCGUCACUGAGUGCAGUUAUUAGAAUACCAAUCUGGUGGGGCUGAGACGCUUGCAGACUCGCAGGACAUCAGCCCUGGGUAUCCGGAUCGGCGUCCAAGAGGCUAUUGUGGGGCUGGAGCUCGUGUGGAGCUGAGAACCUGUUUGCUCACUGCCGCCUGAAACUACCUGAUGAUGCUGCAUCUCAUGGACUGACUCCUCUUGCCCCAGAGCUGAAACGAGGGGGUUGGACUUGCCAUGUGGGGUCAGAGCAGCUCCUGAGCACAUGAGCAAGGGUGGCAGAGGAGGGUGUAGGGUUAAGAACUCUUCUGCGGGAGUAUAGGGUUCAAACAAGCCAAGCUCCUUCAUCUUGCAGCUACCAUGGUCAUGCUCCACCUAACUCCUGCCAAUAGAAAACAGGACUGGGAAGUGCUUCUUGGGAUUACUGGAAAGCAUUUUAAUCUUGCUCUGGGUAAGGGUUUAAACACCAUGGUAAUCUGAGGGCACCCUCCAGCUUCUGCAUUCUUAUAAAGUCACCAGGACUUCAGUUUCUGAAGAAUUAAAUGGGGUUGUUCUCCUCAGACUGAGGCUCAGCCCUUGCUGUCCAGCACCCAUGAGCCUUAAGUUGUGCCCCGGGGUGCCUGCUGCCGGGGCUGUGCAUUGCAUCUGGUCUAACACACUCUGAGACAUUAAAUGUGUGAAGACUGUUCCCUUGAGUCAAGGAUUGUAUAGGUGCCAGGGGGGGCAAGAGCUGUGAGCUCAGGGAAGAACUCCUGUUCUAUAAACCGCAGCAAGAUCUAUGGUGCUGUCUUGGUCACCAUGUCUAGUUUGGUCCCUACCAGGCACCAGACAAACUUGCAAAACCCAUUGAACCUUCCACUGAUGCAGAAAGCUGUGCCUUAAUCUUUAAAGGGCUUGUGCCUUUGGGGCUGCUAGAAUGGUUCCAGUAGCAUUUGAUUGCCCUCUCUAUAUAUUUGCCAGAGUAAAAGGUGAAUGGGGAAAGCUGCCAGGCGCAGGGCCAUACAGUUGCUGACAUGGUCAGUGUCCCAUAGCCCAGCACUGGGAGAGUAUGUGUGAUGAGGCCUGUAGACACUAUAGGCAAGUAGGUAAGAGCCUUAAAUCCAGUCCUGUUGCAUGUGGAGUUGCCUGUGGACUUGCUGCCUUGUUAACACUUCACCCAGCACCUAGUGGGAAGAGCCACAGGUCUGUCUGCCAUUAGCAGAGUGAGGAAGAUGCUGCUGAUGGUAUGCACUGAAAGCUGGUAAAUCCUGUUAGCAGGGGAAAAAGAGGUUGUAAUGAAGACUGCUUGGGUGCAUCUGCCUUUGGCUUCAGGCUGGUCUUACUGCUCCCUGUGCAGACUUGACAAGAGAUCUUGGCCAUUGAUCAUUCGUUAGUAAACGAUGCAUUCCAUGAUCUGAGGCUAAAACUACCAGCUUGCUGGUUAAAACCACUGACAGCCACAGUAUUCCAGCUCAGAGCCAAAGCAAAAGGUCCCUAACCAGCUUACUUUAGCUAUGCAGUCAGCUUCCUCCACUAAGGACCGGAAACGCAAGCUUUUUUUAAAAAAAAAAUUUAAUAUACCUGUAACUGGUGUGUUUUUUGACUAAUUCUGCUUUUGUACAACUCCAGGUUUUGAAAUAAACUCUUGUUAUUCUGAA